CUUCUCUCCUUUCGUCCCCUUUUCUCUCCAACAAUUCUCGAGCUUCAGUUUUUCUUUCCCCUUUCUUUUCGCUCUCUUCCGUAGAACUCUCUCAGAGAGAGCUGUCUUCUCGGCUCAACCUUUCUUCUUCUCACUUUCCUUUUCCUCCUGUUCCUUGAUGCCAACUUCCAACCUCAAGCUAAUGUGAAUUUCUCGCUUUCCUCUGUUCUGUCUCCCCUAUCAUAUUACCCUUCUUUUUGAUUCUUCGGUCUUUCAAUUGCGGUGUGGCGGGAUCGCAGUUUGUCUUUUCCCGUUUCGGGUAACUGGAGAAAGGAUUAGAAGAACUAUGAAUCCCAGCAAUGGAAGAGGUGUUGUCUCUUCUGUUAGCUCUAGGGUUAGCAGGAAAUCUAGCGAAACCGUGCCUGAUCAGUUCCCGGUGGGGCUCCGUGUUAUGGUCGUCGAUGACGAUCCCACUUGCCUUAUGAUCCUGGAAAAGAUGCUCAGAACUUGCAAGUAUGAAGUGAAAAGAUGCAGUAGAGCAGAAGAAGCCCUAUCAAUCCUACGAGGGAAUAGCAAUGGCUAUGAUGUCGUCAUUAGUGAUGUUCAUAUGCCAGACAUGGACGGAUUCAAGCUGUUGGAGCAGGUUGGUUUGGAAAUGGAUCUUCCCGUCAUAAUGAUGUCCGCGGAUGACUCAAAGAGUGUGGUGAUGAAGGGAGUAACUCAUGGUGCUUGUGAUUACCUGAUAAAGCCGGUCCGGAUCGAGGCUUUGAAGAACAUAUGGCAGCAUGUCAUACGAAAGCGAAAGAAUGAGUGGAAGGAAGUGGAGCAACAGUCUGGGAGUGCGGAUGACGGACAGCCGAAGCAGUCGGAGGAUGGUGAUUACUCGUCCUCGGUCAAUGAAGGCAGUUGGAGAAACUCGAAGAGAAGGAAAGAUGACGAUGAGGAUGGAGAGGAUAGGGAUGACACUUCCACUUUGAAGAAGCCUCGUGUGGUUUGGUCCGUGGAGCUGCAUCAACAGUUCGUUGGUGCUGUCAAUCAGCUUGGAAUUGACAAAGCUGUGCCAAAGAAGAUUCUUGAGUUGAUGAAUGUGCCUGGACUCACUAGAGAAAAUGUUGCUAGCCACCUUCAGGUAUGGCUCUAACUUGAUUUACAAGUCUUUUAUUUGGGUGGGGGGGGGGGGGAAUAUUUGGAAUUUGCACGUACUUGAACAAAUAUAUCAUUUUGGUUGAUACUUGAAAUGAUGCUUGGUGUAUUUCCAUUUGUGUUGAGCUUUUUUCUUCUAAUACGGUACUUGCUCUUGUGAGGUACAGAAAUAUCGAUUGUAUCUGAGAAGGCUAAGUGGUGUUUCUCAGCACCAGAAUAAUUUGGGCAGCCCUUUCAUGAACCCUCAAGAUCCCGGAUACGGACCAUUAUCCAAUCUCAAUGGAAUAGACUUGCAAACCUUGGCAGCAACCGGUCAGCUGCCAGCGCAAAGCCUCGCUAAUCUUCAAGCAGCUGGAUUAGGUCGAGCAGCAAUAGCACCCAAAUCCAGGAUUCCAAUCCCAGUGGUGGAUCAGAGGAACCUCUUCAGCUUUGAAAACCCUAAGCUUACAUUUGGGGAUACCCAACAGCAGCCACAACAUUUGAACAAUGGAGGGAAGCAAAUCAACUUGCUUCAUGGAAUCCCAACCAACAUGGAGCCCAAGCAGCUCGUGAAUCUGCACCACCAAGGAAAUUCAAUUCCAGCUGUUCAGAGUGUUCAAAGUGUACACAAUGGGUCCUAUCAACCGCAGUCAAGAGUGCAGCAGCCAAUGGGUAACUAUAAUCCAGUUUCUCACACUUCACCAAUGAUUAAUUUUCCAUUAAGCAGCUCAGCAGAGCUACGAAGCAACAUCUAUGCUCUCCCAAAUAAUCCAGCCAAAGGUGGAUUUCCAGAAGAUGUGACCUCAGAAAUGAAGGGAUCAACACCAGGAUUCGUGCCUAGCUAUGAUAUCUUCAACGAGUUAAAUCACCAACAGAAGGUCCACGAUUGGGAACUGCAGAAUGUAGGGUUGACAUUCAAUGCUACUCAGCAAGCUAAUAAUAGCAUAGAUGUUGUUGGGACUUCAAUCGUAGGAUCUCCCCAUCAGGCCUUCCCAUCAUCGAGCCAAGGAAGUGGUCUGUCUAGGAAUGCAUCUGUUGUUCAUGCGAACAACAAUAAUAAUGCAAUAAGCAUGGGGCAACAUCAUAUGAGCAAUAAUAACUUCUACCACGAGAAUAAUCCAGUUAGGGUUAAGCUCGAAACCCCAUUGUUUCCAGAGCAAUUUGGUCAGGAUGAUCUCAUGAGUGCUCUGCUCAAGCAACAACAAGGAGGGAUAGUACCAGCGGAGAAUGACUUUGAUUUCGACGGGUAUUCCAUAGACAAUAUUCCGGUCUAGGAGUGAACAGAUGAAGAUUCAAGCAUGCGUGAGUUCACUCCCUCGUGGCGAUGGCCAUUGCUGAUGUACAUAACUGUUGUUUCCUGUGGACCCUCCGAAUUUUCUCUUCAACGACAGCAGCAUAGCAAAUUCGAAAGUUAUAGUAGUUUCUUUGUUAGAAGGAAAGAGUUGCCUGCAUUUGACCGACGUAGCUGCAUUUCACCUGUGAAUAUACGAGGACAGGCUCUCUGCUGGGUCUCUAUUGAACGUGGUGUCGUAUAGAAGAACACGAUCGAUCAAAAAGAUCACCAGCAGCAGCAUGAUAUUAUGCUAAAGGCAUACCCAUGCAAAAUUUUGGAUGGAACUAUUCGGGAGGGAAGUCCAGCAGAAGCAAAAGAGGAACCAAAAGAAAUCUAAUUCUUAGGAGGGUGGAAAUGAACAGACUUGUGGUAUUUGAGCUCUUAGAAAAGUUGAAAUUCAGUGAAGAAUUGAUUCAUAAGCUUAAGUAGAAGGGUUGCAGAAGGAAUGUAGGGCUGCCUUUUCGUUCCCCCCUUUUUCUAACCUCUUAAUAAUACAUUUGUUAGGAUUUCAGUUUGCUUUUUGAUUUCCAACUUCUUUUCAGAUUUGUUAUUUGAGGAAGCUGACCCGUGCUGUACAUACAAUCUCUUCACCCCCAUUUGAUUGCUCUUUCAUGCAUAAGUGAUAAAUCCCUUCUUUCCUGGUAUAUUUUCCCCCAGGAUGUUUCAUUUUAUCUUCAUCUUCCCUUUUGUACUUGGAAUUUAUUGCAGGAGUCUUUCUCAUGUUCUUAUAUAUUAUUAAAGCUCCUGCUUUGUGUUGCCGAGUUGUAGACAGAAGCAACAUUGUAUUGAGCUUUUCUGAAUUUGAAAUGAUUUAUUUGCCUACAAUUGUAUUAACAUGGU